AUGCCAAAACCUAAAAGCUCAACUGCCCUUACUCAACUUAACGUUCUUGAUGAAGUUAAGGAAGAGAAGGCCAUCGAUCGGAUUUUAAAAAUUAUUGAUAAUGCACCUAGUUUAGGAUACAUAAACAAAACGCAAUUCUAUACAAUGGUUCACUUUUUGGAAAAGGAAGCUUCUGUAAAGGAUAAGCAGCUAAAACUAAAAGUGGAGGAAACAAAAGCAUGCAGAGAAAUAAUACAAAAAUUAAAGAACAAUUUAAAACAAAAUGAAACUGACAUUAAAAUGAUUAAUAAUAACAGAUCGAGGAUUCAAAUUGCGAUAGAAAUGUUAAAAGUAAAAACAGAAGAAAUACGGAGGGAAAGCGACGUUGUCAUGGAAUCAAUUCUUGAUUAUCGUAGAAAUAUUUUGGAUUUGGAAAACUAUUCAAAACAACAAGCAGAAUUUAUCAAGGAAACUCAAAAAGAGACUAAAAAUUAUAUUAAAACCAAUCAAGAACUUGAUCAAAUUAAGAAUACAGCACUAAAGGAACGAUUCAUCAAGGCAAAUGAAAAGGAAAAGUCCCUCAACAGAUUUCUAAGACAUAUCACAAUAGUGAGAAAGAACCUAACGCAUGACCCUUAUCAAUUCUUUGGCUCCGAUCAAUCGGAAAGAGAUGACAUUGUUUUUGGUAAUAAUUUUGGAGCUAAUGCAAAGGAAAAAUUCAAGAGAAGGAAUUCUGUCUAUUGA